AUGCAGCGCGCGGGGCCGGGCGGGGCGGGGCCUGGCGGGACGGGCGGGGCGGGGCCAGGGCGCGCGCUGCUGAGGCGGGAGCUGCGGCUGCUCGAGUCCAUCUUCCACCGCGGCCACGAGCGCUUCCGCAUCGCCCGCGCCUGCCCGGACGAGCUGGGCUGCGAGUUCCUGCCCGGGCCGGCCGGGGGAGGGCCGGUCCGUAUCCAUGGCAACAUCACGGAGGCCUAUCCGGCGGUGCCCCCCAUCUGGUCGGUGGAAUCCGACGACCCCAAUCUGGCUGCGGUCUUGGAGCGGCUGGCCGACGUAAAGAAGGGCAGCACGUUGCUCCUGCAGCACCUGAAACGCAUCAUUUCUGACCUCUGCAAACUCUAUAACCUUCCUCAGCAUCCAGAUGUGGAGAUGCUGGACCAGCCCUUACCUGCUGAACAGAGUACGCAGGAAGAGGUGUCCUCGGAAGAGGAAGAUGAGGAAAUGCCCGAGGACACGGAGGAGCUGGACCACUACGAAAUGAAGGAGGAAGAGCCGGUGGAAGGGAAGAAGGCGGAGGACGACGGGAUCGGCAAGGAGAACUUGGCUAUUCUUGAGAAAAUCAAAAAGAAUCAGAGGCAAGAUUACUUAAAUGGAGCAGUGUCUGGCUCUGUGCAGGCCACUGACCGGCUGAUGAAGGAACUCAGGGACAUUUACCGAUCGGCAAGUUUCAAAGGCGGAAACUAUGCAGUUGAACUCAUGAACGACAGCCUCUACGACUGGAAUGUGAAACUCCUGAAAGUGGAUGAGGAUAGCGCCUUGCACAGUGACCUUCAGAUCCUGAAAGAGAAAGAAGGGGUGGAUUUCAUUCUCCUCAACUUCACGUUUAAGGAUAACUUCCCCUUCGACCCCCCCUUCGUACGAGUGGUGUCGCCUGUGCUCUCUGGAGGGUACGUCUUGGGUGGAGGAGCCAUCUGCAUGGAGCUUCUGACCAAGCAGGGCUGGAGCAGCGCCUACUCCGUGGAAUCUGUCAUCAUGCAGAUCAGCGCCACCCUAGUGAAAGGCAAAGCCAGGGUCCAGUUUGGGGCAAACAAGAACCAGUACAGCUUGACAAGAGCCCAGCAGUCCUACAAAUCCCUCGUCCAGAUCCACGAGAAGAACGGCUGGUACACGCCCCCCAAGGAAGACGGCUAGCCACGGUGCCCGACGGAACCGGAUUCCUCCUCCUCCUCCUCCUCCUUCGCACCCCAUCCCGCUCCGGACCCCCCUCCUCCUCGCUGGACGCUGCUGCGCAAGGACAUUUUCCCCCCCCCCUCCCUCGGACUCCUUCGCCAGCUCGGUGGCAGAGCUGCUCCGAUCGCCCGUGGGGGGCGGGCUCCUUAUAAACAAUCGUCGUGAGCAGCCCCCCCCCCCAUUCUUGGACCCUCGCUGGCCGGCGAUCGGCUCCCCCCUCCUCCUCGCUCUUAUUAAACAGGGGGGAGGGAAGAAUGGAAAAAAAAAACACACACACACA